UUCCAAGCGAACCUGUCACUGCCACCGAUUCGGGCAAGCCAGCCGAAGUGUGCGCGCAGAGGGGGUGGAAAGGAAGGAAGGCAUCAUCCACUGCCUGCCUGCCAUUGCAGUGCGGCGGCUGCUGCUGCUCUGGAGCCACGCAAGGAGGACUUUUCCUUCCCGGCGCACAUAUUUCGGGGGGAGGGUUGGAGGACGCCACACAGACCGUUGUUUUUGCCAAGAGCGCAGCAAUGGAGGAGACUGUCAUUUGGGAACAGCACACUGUAACACUGCACAGGGCACCAGGGUUCGGCUUCGGGAUAGCCAUAUCAGGAGGCCGAGAUAACCCUCAUUUUCAGAGUGGCGAGACCUCCAUUGUUAUCUCAGAUGUGUUAAAAGGCGGGCCGGCUGAAGGUCUACUACAGGAAAAUGACAGAGUUGUCAUGGUCAAUGCUGUGUCUAUGGAUAAUGUGGAGCAUGCCUAUGCGGUCCAGCAGCUUCGUAAAAGUGGAAAAAUUGCCAAAAUCACAAUCAGACGGAAGAGGAAAGUUCACGUCCCCAUGGGUCGCCUCGGGGAGAGGGAAACCAUGUCCGAGCAUGACGAGGAAGAGGACAGUUACGACGAAGAGAUAUACGAGACGCGGAGUGGACGUAGCGGCGCGUACAGCGGCAUGGGCGGAGCCAUGGGUCGGCGCAGCGGUCGGAGCUGCGGCCGAAGGGACAGGGAACGUGAACGCAGUGGCUCGCGAGAGCGAAGUCUCUCACCGCGGUCGGAUCGCCGCUCACACAACCUGCCUCCUCGCCCCGCCAAGGUCACGCUGGUUAAAUCACGGAAAAAUGAAGCAGAGUAUGGCCUGCGCUUGGCCAGCCACAUUUUCGUCAAGGACAUCUCCCCCGAGAGCCUGGCAGCCAGAGAUGGAAACAUCCAAGAGGGCGAUGUUGUACUGAAGAUCAACGGCACAGUGACCGAGAACCUCUCCUUGAUUGAUGCCAAGAAGCUGAUAGAAAGGUCAAAGGGCAAGCUAAAAAUGGUUGUCCAGAGAGAUGACCGGGCGACCUUGCUGAACAUCCCUGACCUCGAUGACAGCAUUCCUUCAGCCAACGCCUCCGACAGAGACGACAUUUCAGAUAUCCAAUCUCUGGCAUCCGACCAUUCUAAUCGAUCGCACGACAGACUUCGUAGCAGCCGCUCCCGCUCUCCAGACAGACGAUCGGAACCCUCGGACCACUCCAGACACUCGCCACCUCAAGUCAGCAAUGGCAGUCACAGAAGUCGAGAUGAGGAGCGGCUAUCAAAAGGUGCUUCAACACCAGCAAAGCUUUCAGAGGAAAUUCCUCUGCCCAAGCCGAAGGAGCCGGCUCUCACCAGAGAUGACAAACAACUUCCGCCGCUCCCAGAGCCGAAGCCAGUUUACGCUCAGCCUGGACAGCCUGACGUGGACCUGCCUGUCAGCCCAUCCGAUGCCCCUGUGCCGAGUGCUGCCCACGAUGACAGCAUCCUUCGGCCGAGCAUGAAGCUGGUAAAGUUCAAAAAGGGGGAGAGUGUGGGGCUGCGGUUGGCAGGAGGGAACGAUGUUGGCAUCUUUGUUGCCGGCGUGCUGGAGGAUAGCCCAGCUGCAAAGGAGGGCCUCGAGGAGGGUGACCAAAUUCUCAGGGUAAACAACGUCGAUUUUGCAAACAUAAUCCGAGAGGAGGCAGUGCUGUUCCUCCUGGAUCUUCCGAAAGGUGAAGAGGUCACCAUUUUGGCUCAAAAGAAGAAAGAUGUCUAUCGGCGGAUCGUUGAGUCUGAUGUGGGUGACUCCUUUUACAUCCGGACCCACUUUGAGUAUGAGAAGGAAUCUCCAUACGGGUUAAGCUUUAACAAGGGCGAGGUGUUCCGUGUGGUUGAUACCCUCUACAAUGGCAAGCUGGGUUCCUGGCUCGCUAUUCGCAUUGGCAAGAACCACCAGGAGGUGGAGAGGGGGAUCAUCCCCAAUAAAAACAGAGCGGAGCAGCUCUCCAGCGUGCAAUACACACUCCCCAAAACAGCCGGGGGCGACAGGGCGGACUUCUGGAGGUUCCGCGGUCUUCGCAGUUCAAAGAGGAACCUCAGGAAAAGCCGAGAAGAUCUUUCCUCACAGCCGGUUCAAACAAAAUUCCCAGCUUAUGAGAGGGUUGUAUUGAGAGAAGCUGGUUUCCUAAGACCUGUUGUGAUAUUUGGACCUAUUGCCGAUGUAGCACGAGAGAAACUGUCUAGAGAAGAGCCAGAUCUUUUUGAGCUUGCAAAGAGCGAGCCCAGAGAUGCAGGAACAGAUCAGCGCAGUUCAGGAAUUAUUCGUCUUCACACCAUCAAGCAAAUCAUAGAUAGAGACAAACACGCUGUGCUGGACAUCACUCCCAAUGCUGUGGACAGGCUGAACUAUGCUCAGUGGUACCCAAUCGUAGUCUUCCUAAAUCCCGAUAACAAGCAAGGUGUGAAAAACAUGAGGACAAGACUGUGUCCAGAGUCCAGGAAAAGUGCCAGGAAGCUGUAUGAACGAGCCAUCAAACUGCGGAAGAAUAAUCAUCACCUGUUCACCACCACCAUUAACUUGAACAACAUGAAUGACGGUUGGUACGGAGCGCUUAAAGAAACCAUCCAGCAGCAACAAAACCAGCUCGUGUGGGUGUCUGAGGGAAAGGCGGACGGCACCACGGAAGAUGACUUGGAUAUCCACGACGAUCGUCUGUCCUACCUGUCGGCGCCGGGUAGCGAGUACUCCAUGUACAGUACGGACAGCCGCCACACGUCCGACUACGAGGACACGGACACGGAAGGCGGCGCGUACACCGACCAGGAGCUCGAUGAGACCUUGAAUGACGAGGUGGGUCUGCCCACGGAGCCUGCCAUCACGCGGUCUUCCGAACCUGUGAGGGAAGACCCACCUGUCAUUCAGGACACCCCCGGUUACCCCGGAUACCAGCACCCAGUGUCGCCUGACCCAGCGAACCGUAUAGACCCCACUGGCUUCAAGAUGACAUCCCCACAGCAGCAAGAGGAGGCUUCUCUGCCCAUGCCCUCCUUGACCGCAGCGGUGGUAGCGCCCCCUGCUGUUGAGCAGCCUGUACAGCUAGAGGCUUUGCACCUAGAGGAGCCGCCCCAUGCUGCAGCUGCAGCUCCUCAGGCUGACUCACUUAGCAGCCACAGUCCUGCCCCUGAGCUUUUUCAGCCCCCACCACCACCACAUGAACACUACCCACCUGGACCACCUGGUCCAGAACCAAAGAUGUUCAAGAAAGACCUGUAUAAUCUGGAGGAACCUGUGCGAAUGAACCAUGGCCUGAAGCAGUCUCUGAGCUAUACUCACCAGCUCCCGUACCAGGACAAGCAGCCAUACCGGGAAUACGAGCACCCGCCUUACGGUUAUGACGGAAGCGGCUUCACAGAACCAAAGUCUCACAACACUGACUCUCACAUGCACUACGACAACCGUGUGCCUCAUUACAACGAACAGUGGUCGCCCUACGACCAGCAGACCUCACCCUCCCAGCCCCCAGCUUACCAGCCGGGCCACCAGCAACCCAUCGCCUACGCGCCCCGCUCGCCGUACGAGGACGGGCCCGGGAGGGACUACAGCCCGCCACAACCUCGAUACGAAGACGCCCUUCCUGUGGGAUACGAUGGCAGAGCGCGCCACACUAAGUCUAUUCGCUACGAUGACCCGCCUCCACCGCCGCCCCCUGUUGGCUACGAUGCGCGCUCUCCCUAUGAGGCAGACGCUCACAGCUUUCCCAUUAACUCGCCUCGUUCUCCAGAACCGCCAAAGCAGUACUACGGCGAUUCUGGUUUAAGGCCCGCCUACAUUCCCGGUCCACACCGGGGCUUCAAGGCAGGGAUGCACGAGCCUGUGAUGAACUGCGAACCACCAAUCCUCCCUCCUAAAACAGAGGUCGUCACAUCCCCUUGUGAACCAGCAGUCACUCCUGGAUCUAAACCCUUGCCACCCCUCCAACGGGAAGACCUGGAGGAAGACCCGGCCAUGAAACCACAGUCGGUCCUCAACAGAGUAAAGAUGUUUGAAAACAAACGCUCCGUUUCAAUGGACAGGUCAAAGGAAGGAGACUCGUCAGUUCUCAGGCCAGCAGAUGUUCCCAAACCUUCAAGUGCACCUGGUCCAGUGCUCAAGGCAAAUUCGCUCAGCAACCUAGAGCAGGAAAGGUCUUCCUACAGGGCUCCUGAGCCACAGAGGCCUCACACCAAACCGCUCGAUGAUGUAAUGCGUACCAAUCACUAUGACCCGGACGAAGACGAGGAGUACUACAGGAAGCAGUUGUCCUACUUUGAUCGUCGGAGCUUUGACAGCAAAGCCAUGGGCCAACCCAAUCCUGGCAUCAGUCGCUUCCACGAUGUGGCCAAACCAGCUCAACUGUCGUACCCGUACAACAGAGUGGAGUCUGUCGAGAAAGUGAGUCCAGGUGACAAACGAUAUGACCCCCUACCUCAAAUAAGCCCCUCUUCUCAGUAUGGACCCCCUGGCUCUGCCAUCCCACCCAAUACUCUGCCCAAGCUCAUCCCAAGUGAUGUGAACUCCAUAGCCGAGCCACUGAGCUCCCCCAAACCCGACCUGGCAGCUCUCAGACCCGUUAGCAGGGAUGAACCCACACCAAUCGGCUAUCUGCCCCCAAGGGCCCUUCCCGACAAGUCCUCGGUCAACGGCACGGAGACGGCUCCCGCAAAGACCGUCGGUGCUCCCGUUCCCAUCGGUUACAACCGCUACGUCCCUAAGCCGUACACCAGCUCUGCGCGGCCGUUCGAGCGCAAGUUCGAGAGCCCCAAGUUCAACCACAACCUGCUGCCCAAUGACACACAGGUGAAGACGGAGCUCCUCGGCAAGCCCGGCACGGUGAGCAACAGCGGGGGAAAGCUGCAGCUCUCCCCCCAGCCUCUGGACCACGACAGUGGUCUGGACACCUUUACUCGCACCAUGGACAACAGGCCCAAAUACCAGCACAAUAACAUCAACGCCAUCCCCAAAGCCAUUCCUGUAAGCCCCGGCGCACUGGACGAUGACGACGAGGAUGAAGGGCACACGGUGGUGGCCACCGCCAGAGGCAUCUUCAACUGCAACGGUGGGGUCCUAAGCUCCAUCGAGACGGGCGUCAGCAUCAUCAUCCCCCAGGGUGCCAUCCCCGAGAACGUGGAGCAAGAGAUCUACUUCAAGGUGUGCCGCGACAACAGCAUCCUGCCCCCCCUCGACAAGGAGAAAGGAGAAACGCUGCUAAGUCCGCUGGUGAUGUGCGGCCCUCACGGACUCAAGUUCCUGAAGCCGGUGGAGCUGCGCUUACCUCACUGUGCGUCUAUGACCCCUGAUGGUUGGUCUUUUGCUCUAAAAUCCUCCGACUCCUCGUCGGGUGACCCUAAAAACUGGCAGAACAAAUCUCUCCCCGGAGACCCAAACUACCUGGUGGGUGCAAACUGUGUUUCUGUGCUCAUCGACCACUUCUGAAGAAGGCGACAGCUGGUCUGUUCUUGAAUGUGAAAGAAGGUGGCAAGGUGAAUCCACCACUCUCACUUUGUUUACCUGCCUAACCCCUCCAAAAAUGACGAGAGUCCAGCAAUGUCCAGCUGUUGUUGUUAGGGUCAUUUUUCCGGUGCUUUUGAGGCUUGCAAAAAAAAAGAAAAAAAAAAAGAAAAUGGGACUGAAGUGAAAGUGCAUGACGGUGCCACAGACUGAGUAAUCUUAUCUUGACUUUUUUUUGCUACUUUUGUAAAAUGUCAGGGGUCUCACUUAUCAGCGCUGCGUACGCACAAAACAGGGCCUGAAAGAUGCACAUGCAACUUCCUGUGCAACAUUUGUGACCUAUCAAAAAAAGAGAUUUGACAGGUUGAAAGAAUGCAUGUACGACUUUUUUUUGUUGGUGGCCUUCAAAGAUGUUGCUCAAAGGGAAAUCGGAUAAUCAAAUUGCAGGCAGCCUUUGAUAGAUCGUUUCCACAAGCACUCAGCCACCGCUCCCAACUCGGAAGGAAGAAACAAAGGACUCUUUGAACCACCUUUAUUUUUUUUCCGGCUAUAGUAGCAGCAACACUGGCUAGGAAGCUUUUUGGGGUAUUAUUUGAACGCUGCCCCAUGUCCAGCUUGUUUAGAAACAAUACCAUUUCAGUCUUCUUUUUUUUUUUUCCUGUCGUCAUGAUUCACUCAGAAGUUGAAAGAGCUCAAUUGUUCAAUUUGUGUGGUGCUAUUUGGUUGAUUUUGGCCAUGUAAAAGGCAAGACGCACUUGACUUAGGAAAUGUUGGUCGACAUGCACGGAUGGGGUGAUAGGUCAAACUUUUUUCUUGUCUAACGCUAUUUCCAGCUUUUGUGCGAAUGAACCCAUUUCAAAAGAAUCCUACGCACUCUUUGAUAAGUGAGGCCCCAGAUUAGUAAAAAUAAGAAGAUAAAAAUUGGUUAAAUAAUGUCCUUUAAUAUUACUGAGCGUGUUUUUUGGCAAGAUGUUAAAAAAAAAAAAAAAAAAAAAAAAAAACUUCCCAAAGGGCAAAUUCGGCAUCUGUCAAUCCGUUUUGUUUGCAAUCGGUGUGACCGUCAAGAUCCACAAAAUACGCAGACGGAAUCAAGGUUCACAGUUAGCAUCAACGACGCCCUUUUGUUGUGAGCGGGCACUCUCUGUUGAAUUGAAAAGUGAUGUUUUUUUUGUAGCAAAUCUUUUACCAUAGAUAGAAUAGAAUGACUUGAUUUGACAAACUCCUGCUGUCUAGAGAUCUAUGCAUGUGCUAUGACUCAGGUCCAGAUGCCUGCUACCACUUCUACAUAUGAAAAGCCCAUCCAACACUGCGAGCAGUGAUGCCUUAUCUGCAUAGAAAAUUAAACACUUAUACAUAUAUAUACACACACACAUAUAUACAUAUAAUAUAGAAUAUAUUAUAUAUCCAUAUAUAAACGUAUACACAUAUAUACUAUAUAUAUAUAAUAUAAAUUAUCUAUUUUUUAUAUAUGUACAUCUAUAUGUAUGUAUGGGUGUGUAUGUAUAUUUAUACUAUAUAUAUAUAUACACACACACACACACAUAGAGUAUAGUAUAUAUAAAAUCUAUGUAUAUAUACACAUAUUGAGUAUAAUUAUAUAUAUGUAUAAUUAUACAUAUAUAUAUUUAAAAAAACAUACACACAUAUAAGAGAGCAAUCCACAUUGCACCCAACCUGAUGCUCCGGUCACCGUCGACACAAAGUUGUCUCUGCUUUUUUUUUUUCUCUCUCUCUCCUAAACUGAACUUUGAUUCUAGCACACGUAAAGAAUUGAUGCCGAUUAAAACGAAAGGUCUGCUUUUUUUUCCUGCUAUGCAUAUGAAGCGUGACGAGCUGCAGAAAAGGAUGUUGUGGCUGUAUAUAGCGCUAGCAUAUGGCCUUGGUUCUCUGUAAAUUAACUUUUGUACAUCUUUAUUGUUUUAUAUAAAAGAAAAAAUGUUUGUUUAAAAAAAAAAAAAAAAAGAGCGGAAAAGAGAGUGAAGAAGUUACUCUGGUUAUGUUUGUAUUCCGGUUAAAACCCCUGAGCCUUGGAACUGACGUUAGCAGUAAUAAGUCCAACUUUUCUACUUACUGCAUAAGUACACGACAUAAGGCAUUUUUAACUGUAUGAGAAGUUUUUAUUCUUAUUUACAAAACAAAAAUAGACAAGUGCUUGGUUUAAAUGGUUUUAAAAGAUGCGCUCAAAGGGGGUUAGGGGAACGACAACUGGUCCCUUCCUUUAUUUGUGAUACUGGAUGCUUUAGUGUGUGCCCUGAAAUGUAUUUUUGUACUAAUAGACGAUUUAUUAUGGCACAUCACUACUAUUUUCUUUUGAUAUGAUAACACUUCAGUGCUUCAAUGCAACACUAGUUUAUUUCUCCAUGCGAUGAGCAUUUUUUUUUAUUUAUUUGGAUUUUUUUUGUUUAAAACUUUCUCCCCCUCUGCAACACUUUUUUUUUUUUAAACGUAUACCACUGUAUUAAUAAAUAAAUUCCUUUUUGAAGUAAAGUA